AUGGCCUCUUCAUCGACGCCAACGACGCCGCUGCUCUACUCCUGCGUUGCCCACCAAUCCAACAUCCUCUCAGAAUGCACAAGCACAACCUCGGCCGCUUCGCAGGCGUCGUCUCUCGCGUCGCUCAACCUCCCCAAGAUUAACCACACCAAGCCGGAAAGGCUCACGUACACGCACGGCAGCAACCAAAUCUACUACAUGGCCGAAUCGGCCUCGGACCACCCAAAUCACCCAUCUGCCGGUGGCCUGACGUUUCUCGUCGAGGCCGACGCGGCGCUCGGGCGCCAGGUGCGCCGGCGCUUCUUUGCCGCCUUUCCCGCGACAGGCAACGACUUUGCCGACAUGCCGAGCCACGGCGCCGGCUCGUUCAACGGCACGCUCAAGACGCUCAUGGUCGAGUAUAGCUCUACGAGUGGCAGCCAGACUCACGCGAUUGUCAACGUGCACCAGGGGCUUGACGACGUCAAAGCCAUCGCAACCAAGAAUAUCAAGAGCUUAGGGAUACGUGGCGAUGAAAUUCACGGCCUAAUGGACAAGACAGCCGGGCUGAACAGCAGUGCCCAGGCUUUCCAUAUGUCAAGCAGGGGCAUCAGGCGCAAGAUGUGGUGGAAGAAUACCAGAAUCACCAUCCUGAUCGGUGUGGUGAUUAUUCUCAUUAUUAUUCUGGCCGUGGUCAUUCCUCUCAAGGCAUGA